AUGUGGCUUAAAAUUGCCAAAGAAUUCAAUGAAAGAGCAAAUUUUCCAAACUGCUUAGGUGCUGUUGAUGGAAAGCAUAUCCGAAUCAUAAAACCGGAAAGAAGUGGUUUAUUAUAUAUGAAUUAUAAGCAUUACUUUUCCAUUGGACUGCUAGCUAUUGCCGACGCAAACUAUAAGUUCAUAUAUGUAGAUGUUGGAUCUUAUGGAAAAGAUUCAGAUUCAACUAUCUUUAAAAACUCGGCACUUUGGGAAAAUUUGAAAAAAAAAAAUUUGAAUAUACCAGCAUCAACAACAGUACCAGGAGUUGAUAUUUCAUUACCAUACGCGUUUGUUGGUGACGAAGCAUUUGGACUGGACAAGCACUUACUUCGACCCUACUCGGGUACUCAUUUGCCUGUUCGAAAAAAAAUAUUUAACUAUCGUCUAUCACGCGCAAGACGAUACGUAGAGUGUACAUUUGGCAUUCUUUCUAAUAAGUGGCGUAUAUUUCACAGACCGAUCGAUGUACACGUAGAUUUCGCAGUCGAUAUUGUCAAAUGUUGUUGCGUUUUACAUAAUUUUGUUCGUGACCGAGAUGGGUUCAAGUUUGACGAUACACUAGCAAUCAGUGGCUUUGAAGAACCUAGCAUUGUUGAAAACUAUUUGGUACCUCGAAGUGUUAACCGUUAUCGUGAUGCGUUAUCUAAUUAUUUUGUAAGUGAAGAAGGACAAUUGGAAUGGCAGAUGGGUAAAAUAUAA